AUGACUACUGGUGAUCCCUUGUUCCUGUCAUCAUCUGGAAGUGCAGAUUCACCUUCAAAGCAUCAGGCUCCUGUGCGGCCUUCGGUAGGCUCAUUAGGCUGCCUCUGUGCAACUGAUUCAUUCUCUUCAUCACUGUACGAGGAUUGUGAAACGGCUUCUGUCACACUCACGGAUGAAAGAGAGGCUCAACCAAGACAUUUACGGGAGGAGUCUGAUGUGAGCAGGGUGGCAGAGCGCUUCCAGUCUGCUGAUUCACACUUCUUCCAUCGUCUCUCGGUGGAAUGCUCUCAGAAGGAGAGGCAGCGGAAGGUUUCCUGGGGUGGUGCAAUGGAGAUGCAGCAUUCUCCAUCAUCCCCAGAGAUCGGAAUGGUAUCUUCUUCCCACGAGAAGCCAAAUCGCUCCCAGAGAAUCAGGAACAAGAGCUCACAGUUUGAAGAUCCAUUUUUAUCCGAGCAUGAGCCAAGGCUAAUUUACAUUAAUGAUCCUAACAGGACAAAUGAUCGAUAUGAAUUUACGGGGAAUGAGAUCAGGACAAGCAAGUAUACUUUUAUUACGUUCCUGCCUAAGAACCUCUUCAUACAGUUUCAUCGGCUGGCAUAUGUAUACUUCCUGGUUAUAGCUGCUCUUAACCAGCUCCCUCCUUUAGCUGUAUUUGGAAGAACUGCUUCUCUUUUCCCACUACUCUUUGUGUUGUUUGUGACUGCUAUAAAAGAUGGAUAUGAAGACUGGCGGCGUCACAGAUCUGACAGAAAUGAAAAUAACCGAGAGGCACUCGUACUUCAACAUGGUGAUUUUCGGCCGAAAAAGUGGAAAAACAUUUGUGCAGGGGAGGUUGUCAAAAUUCAUGCCAACGAGACCAUGCCGUGUGACAUGGUUCUCCUGGGUACGAGCAAUCCAAAUGGUAUAGCUUAUAUCCAAACUAUGAAUUUAGAUGGCGAGUCAAACCUUAAAACAAGGUAUGCUCGCCAGGAAACUACUUCCAUGAUAUAUGACGACGCAUAUUCAGGCUUGAUCAAAUGUGAGCAGCCCAACAGAAAUAUCUACGAGUUUACAGCUACCAUGGAGUUGAACAGUCAGAGGGUUCCUCUUGGACAAUCGAACAUUGUAUUACGUGGAUGCCAACUUAAAAACACUGAAUGGAUUAUUGGGGUUGUUGUCUAUGCUGGCCAGGAGACAAAAGCUAUGUUGAACAGCACGAUAUCUCCUUCAAAGAGCAGCAACCUAGAGAGUUAUAUGAACAGGGAAACCCUUUGCUUAUCAGCUUUCCUCUUGAUCACAUGCUCAGUUGUGGCUACUGGGAUGGGGGUUUGGCUGUUUAAGAAUUCUAAAAACCUGGAUGCCCUGCCAUACUACAGAAGAAAGUACUUCACCUUUGGGCGUGAGAAUCGAAAAGAUUUCAAGUUUUAUGGCAUUGCUUUAGAGAUAUUUUUCUCCUUCCUCAGUUCUGUGAUAAUCUUUCAGAUAAUGAUACCGAUAUCUCUGUACAUCACCAUGGAGCUAGUCAGGGUGGGGCAAUCAUACUUCAUGAUUGGAGAUACACGGAUGUAUGACAGUAGUUCAGAGUCACUGAGACAAAGUGGCAGGAAGCCUAAAGUCAAUGUUGAUUCGGCACUCACGGCGCUUCUGAAUCAACCAUUGAUUGGGGAGGAAAGACUUGCUGCUCAUGAUUUUUUCCUUACUCUGGCUGCCUGCAACACAGUAAUUCCAGUUAGCACAGAGAGUUCUCACGAUUUGACAAGUGAAGUGGAUGAGACAGGUGCAAUUGAUUACCAGGGUGAAUCACCUGAUGAGCAGGCUUUAGUAACUGCAGCCUCUGCUUACGGGUAUACCCUCGUGGAAAGAACAACUGGACACAUUGUUAUAGAUGUUCUAGGCGAGAGGUUAAGGUUGGAUGUUCUUGGUCUCCAUGAAUUCGAUAGUGUGAGAAAAAGAAUGUCCGUUGUUGUAAGGUUUCCGGACAACAACGUAAAGGUUCUUGUGAAAGGUGCUGACACAUCAAUGCUAAGCAUUUUGAAAGUAGAAAUUGGUGAUGGACUUUAUGAUUCGCUGCAUGUUAAAAUCAGAGAAGCUACAGAAAGUCAUUUGUCAGCUUAUUCAUCAGAGGGUUUACGAACCUUAGUCAUCGGUUCAAAAAACCUGACAGAUGCAGAAUUCAGUGAAUGGCAGGAAAGGUACGAAGAAGCUAGUACCUCCAUGCAUGAGAGAUCAGCAAAGCUCCGUCAAGCAGCAGGUCUGGUAGAAUGCAAUCUGACCCUUCUUGGUGCAACUGCAAUUGAAGAUAAAUUGCAGGAUGGUGUUCCUGAGGCCAUUGAGUCUCUGAGACAGGCUGGAAUCAAGGUGUGGGUUCUAACAGGAGAUAAGCAAGAAACUGCUAUAUCGAUUGGUUUGUCAUGUCGACUCUUGACUCAAACCAUGCAUUCGAUCAUCAUAAAUGGUUCCUCAGAGGUUGAGUGCAGGCGUCUUCUAGCUGAGGCUAAAGCCAAAUUUGGAAUUAAGUCGGCUGAUUUUGGGCGGGAUUCGCAAGGUACAGAAGAUUUGUACCAUGGUGAUAUUUCUAUACUGAGGCCCUCAAAUGGCCACCUGUCUGAAAGUGCAGUACAAAACUUUGAACUAACCGGAGUUAUUGCUGGUGACAAGUCAGAGUACAAUGAGAAAGUGACCAAUUUUGAUGGCACUGAAUUAGCACUGAUAAUUGAUGGAAGCUCCCUUGUGUAUAUUCUAGAGAAAGAUCUUGAAUCAGAGUUAUUUGACUUGGCAACUUCAUGUAAAGUCGUCAUCUGUUGCCGUGUUGCUCCUCUGCAAAAGGCUGGCAUUGUUGAUUUGAUUAAAAGCCGAACGAGUGACAUGACCCUGGCAAUUGGUGAUGGGGCAAAUGAUGUUUCAAUGAUACAGAUGGCAGAUGUUGGUGUUGGCAUAUGUGGUCAAGAAGGUCGUCAGGCGGUGAUGGCUUCAGACUUUGCUAUGGGUCAAUUCCGCUUUCUGAAGAGAUUACUUCUUGUACAUGGGCACUGGAAUUAUCAGCGUAUCGCAUACAUGAUCCUGUACAACUUCUACCGGAAUGCUGUCUUCGUGCUAAUGCUUUUCUGGUAUAUCCUAUACACGGCUUAUUCUGCAACUCUGGCAUUAACAGAUUGGAGCAGUGUUUUCUAUUCCCUUAUAUACACAUCAGUUCCAACGGUAGUAGUCGGCAUUCUCGACAAGAACUUAAGUCAUAAUACCCUUCUUUGUUACCCAAGACUCUAUGAGGCAGGGCUUCGAAAUGAGGGCUACAACUUGACACUCUUCUGGAUCACAAUGCUCGAUACAUUGUGGCAAAGCCUUGUCCUUUUCUAUGUCCCUUUCUUCACAUACAAUAUCAGUACAAUGGACAUAUGGAGUAUGGGAAGUUUGUGGACAAUUGCUGUGGUUAUAAUUGUCAAUAUUCAUCUAGCCAUGGACAUUCAACGUUGGGUGCUUAUAACCCAUCUUGCUGUAUGGGGUUCUAUAGCUGCUACGUUUUUAUGCAUGGUGUUAAUUGACUCUAUACCAAUUUUCCCUAACUAUGGGACAAUUUACAACAUGGCUGCUUCAAGGACUUACUGGCUUAGUGUUUGUCUUAUAAUAGUCCUUGGGUUGCUUCCUCGGUUCCUUUGUAAAGUAGUAUAUCAGACCUUUUGGCCAUCUGAUAUUCAAAUAGCAAGAGAAGCUGAGCUUUUUAAAAAUCUGCCCCAACAGUUGGGUUCAAGGCCUGCAAGUGACAUCAGCUAA